AUGGAAGACCUCCAAGCUCGACAUCGAAAGGAGCAAAAAGACUUGCAAGCACGAAUUACACAGAAAAAGAAAUCCGCGACCAAGAAAACUCGCCGAGGGAUCAAUGAUGAGUGCGACAGGCUCCAGCGCGAGCUCACCGACCGCCACCAUGCCGAGAUUGCAGAAUUAAACGGCGAGCCGAGCGAGCUUCCCGUUGACGGACUGGAGGAUCUCAGCAUUAACGAUGAGGCAGCUAACGGGGUGACAGAGGCUUCGAAGAACGGGGUAGAUGGGGAACCGACGACCACAGAAUCUUCUGUUUCGAGCACAACGUCACCAACCUCGAACUCUCCAACAUCAACGCCACCUACACAUACCAAGAAACCGAACCGCCAAAAAGCCCGUCUCGCCCGACGCGCAGCAGAACAAGCUGCGCAAGCUGCGCAGGCCGAGGAAGAAGCAUCGAAGCUGACAAACCACCGUGGGAACGAGAAGGAGGCGAUGGAGGCGGUAUUCAAGCGAUUGAAGCUGAAGGAGGUGGACAUAAACCCAGACGGACAUUGUCUCUUCUCUGCGGUCGCAUGCCAGUUGGAUGAAAUGGGAUUAGGGCUCAAACCGGAUCCUGGGAGGAUUGUGCUUCAACCCACGACCCUCUCUCGAGUGGAGACGGUUGCAUCGCCUCGGCAUGAUGGGUAUAGGGCGGUGCGUGCGGUGACGGCGGACUUCAUCACGGAACAUAAGGAUGACUUUGAGGCGUUUCUGGAGGAGCCGUUGGAGCAGUAUACGAGAAAGAUCAAGUUAACUGCGGAAUGGGGAGGGCAGUUGGAGCUGCAGGCUAUCGCGAGGGCAUAUGGCGUCAAUAUCAAUGUUAUCCAAGGGGAUGGGAGGAUUGAAAAGAUAGAACCGGGUGAUGCAGAUGAGAUUGAAGACGAGGAAGAGCGAAAGAAGAGAGUAAUUUGGCUGGCAUACUACAGGCAUACCUACGGGCUUGGGGAGCAUUAUAACGCUCUAACGACACGGGCUUGA